GUAUAAAAGCAGAGCUUUCGCAGCUUUGCGACGUUUAGAAGAAAUGGAUUUAUUGGUGGUUCUUUGUCUUGUGAAUUUCCUCCUUCCCGCUCAUGGAUUAUCGAGUCAAAUCUUCCGGAAGCUUCAUGAGGAGCCUCAUCUGUCGCGAGAAAGUUGUAAAUCAACGCGGAAAAUUAGUGAAGAAUGGAUUUAUCAGUGGUUAGAUCAUACAAAUCCACAGGAUGAUAGAAAGUGGCGAAUGAGGUUCUUUGCAAAUGAAGAAUUUUACGUGGAAGGUGGUCCAAUUUUUAUCUUUGUGGGUGGAGAAUGGAGUGCUUCGGCGGAAUUUGUAAUGGGAGGACAUGUGUACGAUAUGGCAAAGGAAUUUCAUGGGUAUCUCUUCUACACUGAGCAUCGUUUCUAUGGGAAAAGUCAACCAACGAGUAAUCUUUCCCUGGAGAAUCUCAGAUACUUAACAAGUGAACAAGCUCUGGCGGAUUUGGCGCAUUUUAUUGCAACAAAAACGGAGGAAAUUCCCGGAGCAAGCAAUAGUUCGGUAUUCCUCAUUGGUGGUUCAUAUGCAGGAUCUCUGGUGACGUGGUUCAGUCACAAGUAUCCAUUCCUCGUGACGGGAGCUUGGGCCUCGAGUGCUCCUCUCUUGGCAAAGGUGGAUUUCAAGGAGUAUUUUGAGGUUGUUGCUGAGUCCAUUCAACUUGUCGGUGGGCAGGAAUGCUUCGCAAAGACGACAGAAGCUUUCAAAGCAAUGGAAGAUCUCAUUGCUGAAGGGAAUUUCUCAAAUCUCACCCAGGCGCUCAAUCUCUGCCAAAAUAUCACGAGUGAUGAGAUGAAUGUACAAAAUUUCUUCCAAACCAUGUCGGGGUUCUUAGCAGUUGUCGUUCAGAGUCUUUCCUGGGCAGGAAUUGAAGGUUUUUGCUCAGGAAUGCUCGGGAAUGAUGAUCCCCUCGUGGGCUAUGCGCAGAAUCUGAAAAUCCUCGGAGGUGGAUGUCUUACAGUGGACUUUGAGGAGGACAAUAAAGUCCUGAGAGACACUGCGUGGCCAGCAGAUGAGAGUCAAAUGAUGCGUCGGUGGAUUUAUCAAACUUGCAAUGAAUUUGGGUGGUUUCAAACGUCCACCUCGUCCAAACAUCCCUUCAAUUACUUCCCCGUUGAAUUUUUCAUCAAUCUCUGCCAAUAUGUCUUCGGCGAAGAAUUUGUUGGGGAGAAAAUUGAGCAAAAUACUUGCUUAAUUAAUGCAAAAUUCGAUGGUUUGGAGCCAAAAAUAAAGAACGUCUACUUAACUCAUGGGCAGUUGGAUCCAUGGAGGGCUGCUGGGGCACAGAAAAAUAUUAACGACGAUUCCCUGACUGUGAUCCUCCCCAAUCAUAGUCAUUGUAGUGAUUUUGGAUCAAUGAAUGUUAAUGAUUCCCUUGAUUUGUACAUUUCCAAGUCGAGAAUAAAGGCCUACGUGAAGAAUUUGAUUGGUUUGUGAGAAAAAAAAUUGUUUCUUUAACUUUCCUUUUUUCUCUAGAAUUAAAUUCCGAGGUGAUUAAAAAAUAUUUAGAAGGAGCUUUUAAAAAGAAUUUGAAAUUAUACGGUGCGAUAUUGUAUAAAAAGUACCUACCUAAAUAAAAUAAAUCUAAUAAUAAAAA